AAUGAGAAGAAUCUAAAAGAAACCACAACUUGGUGGGUGAUUUGAUGAUUGAUGAUUGAUGAUGAUUCGAUAAACGUCCGAAUAAAGCAUACUCCUUUUUUGGUUUUUGUGCGGUCACUCACAUGCCUCCUCAUUUUAGUUUCUUCUUCUUCAGCUAAGCUACGUACGACGGUGUCACGUUUUCCCAUAGGUUUAUUUUUUUGUUCGUUGCUUGGCAUCUCAUCCAUCAUUCACUUCUUUAAUGAGGACCGUUUGAUAGAAGCCCACACACAAAGUGUUCGACGAAAUGCGCCAACGAUGGUCUCUCUCUACUCCUCCGGCCCCAUUUCUUCUUUUGCCUCUCGCAAUUCGAUGAUUGAUUCCGAUACCCUUUUGUCUCUUUCUUCUUUUGGUUCAACCUUUAAUCAUCCCAAGACUUGCAUACGAUUCGCCCGAAUAGGUUGUGGGUUUACUGUUCUAGGGUUUCUCGAAAUCAAGCCGAGGAAGAGAAGCUGUUGCUCUCGGCUUAAUAAGCGUAAUCUGGGUUGGGAUAGCCAUGAAAGUAAGGAUCUUGAAUCGGAGGUUUUGGAGUUUAUGAAGAACUCGGAGAGACCUGGCAUGUUUCCGAGCAAGAAGGAUUUGAUUCGUUCUGGAAGGUUUGAUCUUGUUGAGAGAAUUGUUAACCAAGGUGGAUGGCUUUCUAUGGGUUGGGAUUUGGAUGAACAAGAACAACAAGUCAAAGAUAAUGUCAAGCCUUUACAUAUUGAGAAGCAGCUUCAUGAUUCUCAUUCUCAAGAGGUUGAUGGAACUUUGAGUCAUGGAGCUAUUGAUUCUUCUUCAAAUCUUUCAUCUUUAACAGAAGAAGUAGAUGCUGGUAACGAUAGUGGAAUUGAAGGCAUUUUGACCAGAUUAGAGAAACAAAGGAAUUUGAGUCUAGGGAUUAGCUUGAGGGAUCCGAAUGGGAAAAGUAAUGGUGCCAUGACUGAUAUCUCUGCAAAUGGUUCAGUUCCUUGGUCUUCCAAGAUUGUGACAGCUAGUGAGAUUCGAGAAAAAGAAAGUAGGAGAAGUUCAGAUGAAUCUGCACAAAAUAGGUAUCAAGAAGCCAGUUCGGUUUCAGGAACUCAAGGCUUAAGCAAUUCGCCUACAUCAGAAACAUGGAGGACGUGGAGUAUGAGGAGAGCUGGAUUUACUGAUGAAGAUUUUGAAGCUGCUGAAAUUUCUCCUAGUGGUUUGGAUGGUGUGAAGAAGGGUAAUACUAAUAAGAAUUCUGGUGAUAGCAUGAAUGGAAAAAACAGAACUGCAUCUUCCCCAGAAGAUGUAAAUAAAACUCAUAUCAAAAGCCGUCUUCAACAUCUCCAGUCAGAACUUUCUUCUGUUCUCCACUCCCUUAGAUCUCCUCCUGAUGAUAUUGUGACAAGUAAGGAUAGUGAGAUGACUUCUGGGAACUUGGAGAACCUUUCUGAUGAUUGGGAGUUCAAAGAGAAUGAGAUCAUGCAUGCCCAAACUAAGUUGCGGUCUACACGAGCAAAGUUGGCAGUUCUUGAAGGAAAAAUGGCUAUGGCUAUAAUAGACGCACAGAGGGUUGUACGGGAGAAACAGCGAAGAAUAGAUCAUGCUCGAAGAGCGUUACGAUUACUUCGAACCGCAUCCAUAGUAUGGCCUAAUUCAGCCUCAGAAGUUCUAUUAACGGGUUCAUUUGACGGUUGGUCUACCCAGAGGAAGAUGAAGAAAGCAGAGAACGGAGUCUUCUCUCUGUCGCUCAAGCUAUAUCCUGGAAAAUAUGAGAUAAAGUUUAUAGUUGAUGGCCAGUGGAAAGUUGACCCGCUUCGACCCAUUGUUACUUGUGGUGGAUAUGAAAACAAUCUGCUAAUCAUCUCUUGAGGUCAAAGGCAACAACAUUCCAGAACUAGUCCCACCACUAUCCAUGGAGCAUAAGCUGAAUCAGUAGGGCUUUAGUCUCUUUUGGGAUUUCACUUUCAAGUAGGGUAAGGUACCAAGGAAGCAGUAGAACUAGGUUUUUUCUCUUGAGAAAACAAGGUAGUAAGAAAGAUUUGUAUAUUGUACCAAUACGACCACUUUGUUCCUCUCACAAGAGUCACAAGACUCAUGUAAACAAUUGGCUCCUUGCAUUGUACAAUUUUACACACAUAAGAUGUCAUACAUCCAUUUCUAUGAUGAGAUUGGUGAAGAAUAAAGCUCUUGUUUUCGCCU